CACUUGCCAUUCCUUAUCCAAUGGUUAGCCUUCAAUAGCAUCCAAUAGCAUUCCUAAAGGACAUUUUCAGUGUGUGUGUGUGUGUGUGUGUGUGUGUGUGUGUGUGUGUGUGUGUGUGUGUGUGCGUGUGUGUGUGUGCGCGUGUUUGUGUGUGCGCGCGUGUGUGUGUGUAUGUUAGAGAGGGAGAAGUGAAUUUGCAUGAGCAGAGUUAUUAGUAGGUUUGAAAAGCUAGCACUGGCUCUGCCCCGUUUCCCGCUCUGCACGGCGGAGUAGGAGGAAGUGUUUCGCUGGAAGAUGAUGACAGAGGUCAGGCACUGCUAAUCGGCCACUGAAGAGGAGUGGAGGCGAGGCACAGACCAGGAACACAUACAUUAAUACACUUGUACCAUCACCAAUCAGCAUAGGGAUUUCCAUCUCUAUUCAAGAUCACUUGGAACAUAUAUACAAGACAAACUCUUCGCAGGGGCUAUCCAGCACUGUGGUUCCGUCUCAUUUGUGCUCAGACUUAUCAACUAAGGCUUUGGCUGCAGUGUACACAGGAUGCCUCAAAAAGGGAGAAUAUAUUAACUAGUGAGAAGCAGAUGAGAGAUUCUUUAAAUUGUUUUAAGCGGACAGUCCACACUGUUUCCAGAAUACUAUAACCGGGCCACGUGGGAAUCUGGCGUCGCGUCCAUGAUGCAAAACAAGGUGUAUGACUAUAACGAAGGUCACAGCGGAGUGAAUCAGCUUGGCGGAGUGUUCGUCAACGGCAGACCCCUGCCCGACACCACCAGACAGAAAAUAGUCGAGCUUGCUCACAGUGGCGCGCGGCCGUGCGAUAUAUCCAGGAUUCUGCAGACCCAUGGUGAUGCAAAAGUUCAAGUGCUGGACAAUGAAAACGUGUCAAACGGCUGUGUGAGUAAGAUUCUGGGCAGAUACUAUGAAACCGGCUCCAUCAGACCAAGGGCGAUCGGGGGUAGCAAACCAAGAGUAGCAACUCCCGAGGUGGUCGGAAAAAUUGCAGUAUACAAGAGGGAGUGCCCUUCAAUCUUCGCCUGGGAAAUUCGUGACAGACUGCUAUCCGAGGGGGUCUGCACAAACGAUAAUAUACCCAGUGUAAGUUCAUUGAGUGUGUCGUCGAUAAACAGAGUACUGCGCAACCUGGCUAGCGAGAAGCAACAGAUGGGCGCAGAUGGCAUGUAUGAGAAGUUGAGAAUGCUGAACGGUCAGACUGGGACGUGGGGGACCCGGCCAGGCUGGUACCCCGGAACCUCAGUGCCAGGACAGCCCAACCCAGAUGGUUGUCCACAGUCAGACGGUGGAGGUGAGAACACUAAUUCAAUAAGUUCGAAUGGAGAAGACUCGGAUGAGACCCAAAUGAGACUUCAGCUCAAAAGAAAACUGCAAAGGAACCGCACUUCGUUCACACAAGAACAGAUAGAAGCGCUUGAGAAAGAGUUUGAAAGAACUCACUAUCCAGAUGUUUUCGCAAGGGAAAGACUUGCUGCAAAAAUUGACCUCCCAGAGGCCAGAAUACAGGUGUGGUUUUCAAAUAGGAGGGCAAAGUGGAGGAGGGAGGAGAAACUCCGGAAUCAAAGGCGACAAGCCAGUAACUCCUCCAGUCACAUCCCUAUCAGCAGCAGUUUCAGCACCAGUGUCUACCAGCCCAUCCCACAGACCACAGCACCAGGUUGGAUGUCGUUCUCCUCAGGAUCCAUGUUGGGAAGACCAGACACAGCCCUUACAAACACAUACAAUGCCCUGCCACCUAUGCCAAGCUUCACCAUGGCCAACAACCUGCCUAUGCAAGCCCCUGUGUCCAGCCAGACCUCCUACUCCUGCAUGCUGCCCACCAGUCCCUCAGUCAACGGACGGAGCUACGACACGUACACCCCUCCUCAUAUGCAGGCACAUAUGAACAGCCAAUCAAUGGCUGGUUCAGGUGGCAACUCAACAGGUCUCAUCUCUCCUGGAGUAUCUGUUCCUGUUCAAGUCCCAGGCAGUGAAGCAGACAUGUCCCAGUACUGGCCCAGGCUACAGUAAAGACUUUCAACGUGCGACUCCUUGGAUAUUGUCUCGAAAGAAGAAGCUGUCCGGCAGUAUUUUAUUACAGACCUGAGAAAAUACUCUAAAAGAGACUAUUUUGUACUGGGAUUGGGCCACUCUCUGUCAUUCUUUGGCCAUAAAGACUUGAAGAAGAAAAAAAGAGAAAGGACUUCUGUAAAGUGCCCUGUGUAACAUCGUAAAUGGGGGGGGGGGGGGAAACUAGCUGUUUUCAGUUUCCAACUUCUGUCAUUUUUGGUGUAUUUGUAUAUGGCCAGUUGUAUGUCAUGAUGAAAAAAGAACAACGUGGAUGGACAGUGAAACUGAGUUGGUCCUUGCUUCUGCUGAAAAGAAGAUCAUUUGUGAAGAAUUUUCUUCCAUGAAUAUUUUUUAUCAAUGUAUAUCAAGAAGCUCUCCCAGUCUGUGUACAGAAUGUGGACUCUGGUGAAACAAGUUUGUAUCAUUCCAGGUACCAGUUGGGUAUGAGAAGCCUGUUUCUCUAUUCUUUUCUUUUCAAAAGCUUGCUGGCAGAAACAUUGUAAAUGGAAAGCAUUAACCGCUGAAAUGGAGUUGAAAAAAACUUUUGGUAGCUAAAAACGGUAGAUUGUGUCUUCGAUAUAAUUCAGUUUGUUAUGUCGAAAUGUAAGUAUUUGUCUUCCCUAGCAGUCUCCCGGAACAAUUUCUAUAAUAAAGUUAAUUUCAUUUAUAUUUCUCAGAAUAUCCUAUAUGUUUUACACAUUUUAAUUUAAUUUCAUUCAAUCGGGUACAAGUUAUUUGUUAUAGUUGUACUUAAGUGUUUUACUUGACUUUGUGCUACUAAAUUACUCUCACUGCAACAAUGCAUAGGAAUGCAAGGCCUGCCAGAGUUUAAAGCCUUUUGAGGUUUGCAUCUAUACAUAUCCAAAUUAACCAUUGUUGAUUGUACAAACAGACCAAAGCCUUUGUAUAUAAUUUAUUACACAACCUCCAUUUCCUUUUGUAGUCUUCUGUUGCCAAUUUUGUAAAGAUUUUGGUACCUUUUAGAUAGGUACAGAGUUUUAAAUGUUAGUCUAUCAGUUGGUCUUUCACUUAUGAGCAACAAUCUUUCCUUACAGUGGAUGACCUGAGCUCAUUUCACACUCUCAGUUCCGUGCUAGCCUAGACUAUUGUAUGGAUGGGGAGUCAAAUUCAAUUGUAUUUCAAAUAUUUCCGUAUCAAUUUAUUUAAGCAUUCUUGUAUUUUGUCAAAAUAUAAAAGUAAUUUUGUACAGUA